AUGAACAUACCUGGGACUGCUAGGUUGCUCCAAUGCCGCCUGUUGUUCAGCGCACAGCAGCGAUCCGUCAUUCUGCGCUGUAGAAAAUUCGACUCGCCAAAAGUGAGCAAUCCAGCACGAAGAGCCCUCAGCCAGACACUGGGACGCUCAGCCAGCGCAGCCCAAGAAGCACUGAAGAAAGCGCAAGAUGAUGCCGCUAAUUUGACACCGGAGUAUGUAGAGGCCAACAUGGCGCCUGAAGAGGCACAAAGGCUCUCCAGAGUUCGGAAUAUUGGCAUCGCCGCCCAUAUUGAUAGCGGCAAGACAACAGCGACCGAACGUGUUCUCUUUUACACCGGCCGCAUCAAGGCAAUUCACGAGGUCAGGGGCAAGGACGCUGUUGGCGCCAAGAUGGAUUCUAUGGAACUCGAAAGGGAAAAGGGAAUUACGAUUCAAUCUGCUGCUACAUUCUGCGACUGGAAAAAGACGGAGAAUGGUAAGGAGGUGUCGUAUCACUUUAACUUGAUCGACACUCCGGGUCAUAUUGAUUUCACCAUCGAGGUUGAGCGUGCCCUUCGCGUUCUCGAUGGCGCCGUCAUGAUUCUCUGCGCCGUUAGUGGUGUUCAAUCGCAAACCACUACCGUAGAUCGGCAAAUGAAGCGCUACAAUGUUCCCCGAAUCUCGUUCAUCAACAAGAUGGAUCGCAUGGGUGCCAACCCCUGGAAAGCGGUUGAACAAAUUAACUCGAAGCUUAAGAUGCCAGCAGCCGCCAUCCAGAUCCCCAUUGGAGCAGAAGACGAAUUCGAAGGCGUCGUGGACUUGAUCGAGAUGAAGGCAAUAUAUUUCGAAGGACCUCGAGGUACUAAAGUCAGAUCUGACACCAUACCUACUGCUUUACAAGAUCUAGCCGCAGAAAAACGCCAGGUCCUCAUUGAGAAACUUGCCGAUGUCGAUGACGAGAUCGCGGAGAUAUUUUUGGAAGAGCAGGAGCCAACAAAUUCACAAAUCAAGGCAGCUAUUCGACGAGCCACAAUAGCGCGCAACUUCUCACCGGUGUUGAUGGGCUCUGCCUUGGCAGAUAAAGGCGUCCAACCUAUGCUUGACGCUAUUUGCGAAUAUCUUCCAAAUCCGUCGCAGAUCGAGAACACUGCUCUAGACAAAUCCAAAGAUGAGAAGGUUGUCAAACUAGUUCCAUACAACUCACUACCUUUUGUCGGUCUUGCAUUUAAGCUUGAGGAGAACAAUUACGGCCAGCUCACUUAUAUUCGUGUUUACCAAGGAACUCUCACUAAGGGAACUUACCUGUUCAACUCCAGAACAGACAAGAAAGUCCGAAUUCCCCGCAUCGUUCGAAUGCACUCCAACGAGAUGGAAGAUGUCUCUGAGGUUGGCGCAGGAGAAAUAUGUGCGGUUUUUGGUGUUGACUGUGCGUCUGGAGACACGUUCACAGACGGCGGCCUGCCAUACUCUAUGUCGUCCAUGUUUGUGCCAGAUGCUGUCAUGUCUCUGUCCAUCAAACCAAAGCGGACCGCCGACGCAGACAACUUCAGCAAAGCUAUGAAUCGAUUUCAGCGAGAGGAUCCGACAUUCCGUGUGCAUGUAGACCCUGAGAGUGAAGAGACCAUCAUCUCUGGCAUGGGGGAAUUGCAUCUGGAGGUCUAUGUUGAGCGGCUGAAACGUGAGUACAAGACGGAGUGUAUCACUGGCCAACCGCGCGUUGCUUAUCGGGAGACGAUAUCUCGUCGUGCCGAGUUUGAUUACUUACUCCGCCGGCAGAGCGGUGGACCUGGCGACUUUGCUCGCGUCGCUGGCUGGAUUGAGCCGAAUGAGAAGCCCGAAGAUAAUCACUACGAAAGCCAGGUUAUCGGCGGCCAUAUCCCGGAUAAAUUCCUCACAGCCUGCGCCAAGGGCUUCGACCUAGCCUGUGAAAAAGGCCCCCUUCUUGGGCAUAGAGUUAUUGGAACUAAAAUGGUCAUCAACGAUGGUGCUACCCAUGUUACGGAUUCAUCUGAUUAUGCCUUCAGUCUGGCUACGCAAAUGGCGUUCAAAAAGGCUUUUACCGACGCGGGCGGCCAAGUGUUGGAGCCGCUGAUGAAGACCACCAUUACCGCACCCAACGAGUUUCAGGGCAAUAUUCUGAUGUUAAUGAACAAGAGAAACGCAACUAUUCACGACACAGAAAUUGGCAGCGAGGAGUUCACUUUGAUCUGUGAUUGCAGCCUCAAUGCUAUGUUCGGUUUCAGCUCGCAAUUGAGAGCUGCAACACAAGGGAAGGGCGAGUUCAGCAUGGAGUUCAGUCAUUAUGCGCCAGCACCACCCCAUCUCCAGAAGGAGCUUGUUGCUAAAUAUGAAGCCGAACUUGAAGCAAAGAGAACAAAAUAG